AUGAAGUCGACUCUGGUGGUCUCACUGCUGGCCGUGGCUGCGAGCGCCGCCGACGUUGUCAAUCAGACUACAUGUGCCGGUACGACUUACAAGUAUACCGGGCUGGCUGGCUACGGGUUCGUUCCGUCCAACGCGACGGAUAAGUACGGCGACACGAUUGGUGGUAUCGGUAGCUCUGUUGCCAUUGACUCGUGUUCCUGGCGCUCGAGACAUGGCGCCUAUCAUGGCACGGUCUAUACGCUCCCGGACCGCGGCUGGAACACCAAUGGAACCCUCAAUUACCAAAAUCGAAUUCAUAAAUUCGCCAUUUCGCUCAAGCUAGCUCCCCACGCGUCGGUUAAGAACCCCUCCGACCCCAACAUCCGCCUGGAAUAUCUCGACACAAUCCUCCUGACCGGACCAUGCGGCGAGCCAACAACUGGCUUAGAUGCUGACUUUACCGGGUAUGGAUCAUACGACGGAUUCCCGCCUCUUCCCGUAGCAACCUACACUGGAAAUGGAUUUGGCGGCCCCGGCAAAGGGGGUCGCAGGAUCUCUAUCGAUCCAGAGGGACUGGCACUAGACCCCCGAGACGGCGGGUUCUGGGUAUCCGACGAGUACGGUCCUUACAUCUACAAAUUUAGUUCCAAGGGACGCAUGGAGCUGGCCAUCCAACCCCCACAAGCAUAUCUCCCUCGGCGCAACGGCACCCUCAGCUUUAACUCAAACUCGCCACCUCUAUACGAUCCGGAGGAAGUCCCGAUUCCCGAGAACACCGUGACUGGCCGUGCGAACAACCAAGGCCUCGAGGGUCUUACCAUUUCCCCGGAUGGAAAGACGCUCUACGCGCUUAUGCAAUCAGCUCUCGACCAGGAGGGCGGACCUGCGAAGCAAACCAAACAGCCUGCUCGCAUGAUCGCGUAUGACAUCUCCGGAAAAAAGCCAAAGUACAUCCAUGAAUGGGUCGUGAUGCUGCCCAAGUACUUUGACUAUACAUCCUCGAAAGCCAUCCUGGCGCGCGACUCCGGCUUCGGACACGGAAAAGACGAGAGCCUGUCCAUGUACCGUCAAGCAGAUGUGUUUUCCGUGCUGAAAAAGAGAGUAAACGCCACCGAUUUGAAGGGAUUGAAAAAUUACGAUACCGCGACUGGCGCUAUUCCUUCUUCCGAGGGCGUGCUCAAUUCGGAUAUCACCCCGGCCGAGUAUUGUCCGUUCCUGGACUUCAAUGUCAACUCGGAGCUCGGAAAGUUCCGUCUUCAUAAUGGCGGUGCGCAGGACCAGUGGCUUUUGAACGAGAAGUGGGAGUCUUUGGCUCUUGUGCCUGCUGGUGGGAGGGGCGAGUAUUUCCUGAUUAGUUUCAGUGAUAAUGACUUUAUUACUCAGGAUGGGCAUAUGAACUUUGGCAAGUUCCCUUACAAGGAUGAAUCUGGAUACAACGUUGACAACCAGGUUCUGGCUUUCAAGGUGAAGUUCUAA